AUGCCAAUUCAUUUCUUCACUGAAUCACCACGCAGUUUCGGAGAUACUAGGCGUUCGAGUCUAGCUCGAGAACCAAAAGGGAAGGAAAAGGAAUCAUACGUUGAUCAUGUCGAAUUUCCUUAUGACCAAGACUCAGCUGCAGCGCUGUUACCCAAUUUCACUGUCAAUGGGUCAACUAGCAUAUCAUCUAAUGAAUCAUCUACAAGAUAUCCUUACUUGUAUCCUGCACCUCAACAACCAAAGCCAAUACCAAGGCCUAUAUCUCCAAAAAAACAGCGCACUUCCCUCUUAUUCUCUCUCGUUCGAAAAAAACCUGGUCACCCUAGUAAUGUUUCGCAAUAUACUCAUCCAGUCGUCAUGCCCGGCGUUAUGGAAAUAUCCCGCCCAUAUUCCUAUGUCCAAGAGGAAGAGGAGCGAGAGAGACUCAGAGAUGCUGCUGCUCAGAGUAUUGGUCUCGUCGACUAUCCUACCAGCGAACACCCAGAGGAUACCCGAGAGGAGGACCAAGUGCCCCCAUCAGCAACCAUAGAUUCACACAUAUCUGAACCUCCUCUUGUACCUCCAUCACCCAUACCAUCACCAACUCCAACACUCUUACUCCAUCUCCCGCCUUUCCCCACAAACCUCGCCUCCCUCAGUUCACGAAUCACACUCACAGGUACAUUCCCCAAAUUCUGUCCCUCAUCCUCCCUCCUAGUCUACGCCCUCGCAAAGCAAUGGAAAACAAGAUCUAUAGUCCUCACGACUGCGACCUCGGCCGCGUCGCAGACAGUCACACACCUCCAUCUUUUCAAAUCAAAUAUCCCGUCAUCCUCGGAGCUUCAGCGCUUACCUAUAACCCAAGACACUGCUAUCUACGUCACAGAGCAAUCCGGGCCUGGUAUGAAUUCCACUCGAACUGGCACCCUCAGCAAACGCGAAAGCAGGAGCGGAGCGAGAGGCAGUGGAGGCAAGUCAAACGGCUCAGUCGUUGCUAUUGAGCAAGGCGAAAUCAUUUGGCAUUUCGAGAUGCAAGAUCCGAGCGAGAGACAGAAGUGGAUUGGUGCCAUAAAGGCAAUUGUCUUGGGCCAAAGAUCCAUGCGCGCAGGUCUCACUGCAUCACCCCACCUCAGUGGGCAUGAACCCCGCGGGGAUAUGGAUGUCAUGCUCUCCAUGCGACUUCAAGCAUCAUUAUCUUCUGCCACAUACCCUAUGUCACCCACAGCUUCGUCACCCCGUACAUCAUCAUCUUCUCCACCCGUCUUGGCAGGUUCCCUCCCACUAUCACAGCCUACAUCCCCAAUUAGAGGCUCCUUAUCGCUUGAGGUCAUGCGUUCCCAACCGCACACAAGGUCCUCGACACCCAACCCACCUGUACCCACCGAUCCCUUCACGCGCUCAUCAAGCAUCAGAUCAACUAAGAAAUCUCAAAGCCACAGUCCCAACGCUCAUAGAUCUGGCUCUCGCUCCGGCCCAAACUCCGGUUCCUCUUCCCCAACGCCAUCCAUCCGACUCCAAUCCAAGCGCUCAGGCAACGUCCCCCCAACCCUGCUCUCCCAAACGCACUCUUCCAAAUCCUCCACGUCUACUUCCAAAUCCUCCACAUCUACUACCAAAACCAUCAAAGGCAUGUUCACCCCUCGCUCUCGUUCGCCGUCCUUGUCUCUCAAUGGACACGGGCAUGAGCGCGAAAGCGAGUAUGCAGAAGAGAGCUUUGGGACGGUGGGGAGCAAUUUAAUGGGUAUUACCGGCGUGGGCAUGAGCACCAAGAGGAGCAGCUCGCCAAUACGCCGGGAGUCGCCUGUACCCAGCAUGGCGUCGUCAGGGCCCGACGAAUUCUUUGUGCACCAGCCAAACGGGAGCAUCCACAACGGGAUUUUGUCCAAUGGUGUAGGUGGGACCUCGAGCAUGUGCUGCUCGAAUACGUGUUGCACGAGCAUCAACGGUAUACCCGCUUGUGAUCUAAAGAUUGUCAAAGAAGAUGAACGGUGGGCUCCUCCGUCGUCUACGACUGCACCUCUGUCGCCCACGCCUUUCCACUCGCAUUCACACUCACACUCGCAUUCGCAUUCUCUCCACCCGCCCCCGCGGUGCAAGAAGCAGACAUCCGUGCAGCCACUUACAGACGCGCUAUGCCAGCAAAUGGACACAAGCACUACGCCUAGUGUGCAGACCUCCACCGUGACCGAGGACAGCUCAGGUACCUCAUUCACCCCACACUCCAUCACCCCCAUGCUCAACCCAGCACGUCUAUCCGUGCAAACAACUUCCACAACAACCUCCACUAUCGAAAGAUCGGGCUCGUCAGCUUCAUCCCUAGCGCCUUCUCGUCGGUGGUCUCGUACCCUCCCGAAGCGGUUAACGCCCCCCAGUGGCCCGCUACCCCUGACACCACAAACUCUACACGAGUCUGAGAAAGGCGUGAGUCCUAUUAGUGCGGGUUCUGAGAAUCCUAGUGCCGCGUUUUGGAAGAGGACGAGUGGGUCGAGUACUGUGAGCAGCGUAAGUGUGAGGUCUGGGUCUGUGCAGCGGACGAGUACGGUUGGGUCUCUUGGUUCAGGGAUUGGUAUAGGUCUUGGUGGUAGUGGUGGAAGUAUUGGUGUGGGGAGUAAACGCCGCUCGAUGCCUCCUCCGCGUCCUGCUCCGAGCUUUGCGCCUCCUCCUGCGCCUGAGCAAGAACAACAGCUCAAAUCACAGCCACAGUCCCAUAAAACGCUGUUCAGAACAUCUGUAGCUCAGCGCGCGUUGAGGCUAAGCCUAACUGCACCUCGUCCACCACCUUCGGGCGUCCUUCCACCGCGUCCAGAUGAACCUGCAUACCGCAGUAGCGUAGAAUCAUCAAUAUCGACAUCGAUUCCUCCUCGUCCUGAUAGCGCCGCUUCUGUACGGAGCAUGUCUAUCAAGCAGCGUCUGCGGAUUCUCAGCACGCCGUCGUCUCCGCCCCCUGUUGUCGCGUCGCACGAUAUUGAUCCCGAUCUCACACCGCACCAAAUUGCGCAUCCCGUAAUCAUUACACCUAUGCCCGGUCGGAGGAGUAGGAGCAGGAGCAGGAGCAGGAGCCCCACCAGCAGGGCCAGCACCAGCAGCACCACCUAUUCCCGACCCCCAACGCCUCCCCUCCCAGGUACCCCCAUAACAACGAUGCAGAACGAUCCAUGUUUCUUAUCGCCAAGCACACACAUCUUGCUUCCGACGGUUCCACCACGUAAUCCGCUCCGUCCAUCACAACGCCUCCCAAGUGCCCCAGAGAUAAAGGCGUUGUCGCCACCUCCGAGACGGGGGAGUAGGCAACUUAUGGUGCAGAGUGUUGCUGAUGGUGGAGAUGAGAGGGAGAAGGAGGUGGAUGGGUGUGUGGAGAAUGAGCUUCCUGAUUUUUCGGAUAUUCGGGUGAAUGCGUCUUAG